GUGUUCCACACCGGCAAAAUAAAAACAAAUAAUUUUAUUUCAGAGAUUGUUAUAGGAUAUAAUAUGUUAUCAUGGAGUUGGUAUAUAGCAUUGAUACCUUACAAAAACAAUAUGUUCAAGACUGGAUAUCAGAAGAACGGGCAUGCAUCAGCCUGUCAUGUAAAAAUGUAUUGGCUCUGUGCAAACAUUCAGAAAAUGAAGUGAGUUCACACUUCAAUCGCCACUAUGAGGUGGUAGCUGUGGAUGUGGACAAGCCAUGGGAGGCACACCUGGUAACCACAGUGACACGGCAGCUGCUUCAUCUUGUCUGGGACACCACAGGGAAUCAGCUCCUUCUCAUAGACACAAAUGGGCACUGCCAGCUCUGGAACAUGAAGGACCACAUGUUGAAUCAGUGGGAGUGUGUGGGCUCAAUAACAGCGGCAGGGGAGGAGGUGCUUGCUGUCAUGUGGUUCCAUAAUGGGCUCCAGAUCAUAUUUGAUCCAGACAAGAGAAAUGAGACCCAGUACAUCGAGAAGUAUGCUCGUAACUUGCGGUUUACACCAUCCCUCACACAGUUUGGGGGAAGCUUUGUUGAGGGUUUCGUCUAUGUGACAGCAUCAGGACUGGUGACAGUAGGUGUUAGGCAGCCAAAUGGAGAAGUGAUCUCCUCCUCAGAGAACCUCUCCCCAAACCACCUCCGUCUCAUGUCAGCGGACAUCGCCAACACUGGGAACGGGGAUAUCAUGAUCGCCACCAGCGAUGGGCAGCUGUCCUCUGCGGUACAGUGCUUCCUGGUGUCUGUGAAGCUGUCAGGGAAGAAUAUUGAGAUCCACUGUAAGAACGGAGCUAGUCUUUACACAAAAACACAGAUGGAGUACAGUGGCGAAACCACGAAUGCCAGGAUCAGCAAGGUGGUAUUUAUGAACAGUGAGAGCAGUGACACACUGUUUGUUGUGAGUGGAAGUGCAGGCCACAGUAAUGUAGAGGUGUGGCAGCUGCUGGAACAGAUGCUUCCCCAACACAAGAUGUUCUCCUUGAACACAGCACCUUACACCUCCAUCAAAACCCAUAAGUGGAUGCACAAGGCCACACUGCCCCACCCUGCACAGCUCACCUGCCUGGCUGGACCCAAGCUGCCCAUGAGUAGAAAUGUGGGAGAGACAACAGGGUACCUGCCGUAUAUUGCAGCGGCAUACAAGGACGGUACAAUUCACUUGAUCCACCGAUACACGUUCCAAGUGAUCUCCACCUCUUCCAUGGAUGGCCUGCGUCACCAGGUCCAAGGUUCUCCACUCAGUGGUGAGAAGAAACCUCGCCUCUCCCUGCAGCUGUCUGCAAUGACCCAGACUGGGAGUGGGUGUGGCAUUGUGGGGUUGCACGAGGGUCGAGUGUACCUGUUUCGCACGUACAAUGGGAGUCGUGAGAGUGCCCUCCAGCUGCCGCCCUCCAGUGUGGUUUUACUGCUGGAGUAUGCCAUGGUCACAGGCCAGGACUGGUGGGAUGUAUUUCUAUCUGUUAGGCAAGGCAUGAUAAUGAACAUCAGCCAGACGUUGACAGACAACUUCAACAAGCAGGUCCACACAAUGCAGGACUACGUGUUCAUGAGGUUGCUUAGUAUGAAAAUGGGCCUCUUCUGUAGUUAUAGUGCUGGACAUCAGAAGGCUGUAGACUUCCACACUCAACUGGUGCUACACUCGAUUGGCAAUGUGAUACGGGGCAUUCUUAAACCCCGUAACGUCUCCUCUCAGGACAAGGGUCCAGCUGAGAAGAUAACGCUACUAUGUAACAAGUUCACAGAUGGGGACAUUGACACAGUCUUGUCAAAGAUUGAUGUGGAGGAGUUCCACGUCGAGACAAGAAAAAAAGAAAAGGCAGAAGUGACCCUGUGCAGCAUCCAGUCACUCAUCCAGUGGGUGUCUGACUUGAGCCUGCAGCUGUUGGCUGGUGCCCCUCUGUUCCAGUCGCUCUCCUCGUUCCCCGGCUCUUCCCUCCUCCAGGACACGUCUGUCCUGGCCCUACUCCGUGAGCUACUUGUUAUCUUCAAGAUGUGGUCCCUCCGACACCCCGCAUGUGUACCAGUAUUCACGACCACUUCUGUGAAUAUGGAUAUAUUAAAACAUUUGUACAAGCUGCUAACACGAGCAUGGCUGUGUCGGAAGGAGGGUCGUAGUGUGGAGUUUGACGAUGGCUUGUUGGACGAGUGCAGUGUUCUCCACAGUAAAGUGUUAAUACCCAGCAACACACAAAGUUUCAGAAUGGACACCAAUGGAUUUACAGUGUACACACAGAACUUGCCGCUCAUGUUCAAGUUUGAUGAGGAACCGGAGUACUUAUACCAGAAGAAAGUGUCAGAAUCUCACCGUGCAAUGAUGGAUGUGACAUCAUCAAACAGUCAGCACCACGACAUAGUGCGACAGAUCCACCUGGGUACACGUGUGUCAGGGGAGACCCGCCAGUGUACCCGGUGUGGGUGUCGCUCCCUGCUCCAGUGUGUUGGAAAGUCUCAGACAAUGAUAGCCUGGGAACAGAGAUGGAUGCGGAACUGCCUCUGUAUGGGACACUGGAAACUAGCAGUUUGAUUUUUGGACUAGCUUAUUGAUUUGUGAAGCAUCUCUUAACAUUUUAAGAAAUUUGUGACACUUGAAAUUGUAAUGAAGAAGACUGAAAUGAAAAAAAAAAUUAAGAAUAUUUUAUGGCCUUGCAUAUAACUUGUCAAUAUCAAUCUCUUGAAAUAUUUUUUCUUAUCAAUCUCUUGAAAUAUUUUUUCUAAUUGAAAACUAUUGUUAGCUCACUACAAUUGUAGUUGUAUUUUUAUAUAAAUUGGGUCCAUUUUGUUAUGUAAAGCAGGUUAUUUUAUAGCACAUUUCAGAAACAUUACAUUACUUCUACUAUUCUACUAUUGUGUGCAAAUGUUUCUCAAACAUAUUGUCAUUAUUAUUGAUACCAUUGUGUUCAAAACCACCGAUCAUGAAAUGACUGUAACUGAUUGUUAUUUUGUUGUGAAGUAAAAAGAAAUUA